GUGGUCUCUCUAAAAUUUGAGAUUGCUAUUAUCUCUAACGGUUCUCAUCCAAAUUGUAGUGCAAAAGUAACCGUCUCCGUCUGCAACCAAACGUGCCGUGCAAAAACUAUCUCCACUUUGAAAGCAAGAGGAGGCACGAAAAGUUGAAAGUGGCAGAAGAAGAGGUUCUCCUAGGGGACUUGCAUAAGGUCUUGCCAUCAAAACCAGUUUGUGCUAUAUUCAAGGUUUGGAGUUAAAAGUGAUGCAGAUAACAUGUUUGAUAAAUUUCUCAAAUGAAAUUUAACCUGCAUGUUUUGCUGAACUUCACUUUGAAACGCUGUUGGCAUCAUAAUGCAAGUACCCACGAGUCGAGUCUCAAUUACUUUAACUGUCCCUCUAUUCCACAUUGCACCCAGUAUCUGCAUCUCCCCAAUUGCAUGAGGUUUGCAACAUUGUCACUAGCACUGUUGGUGGAUUAGAUGAUCUAGAGUGAAGUCAAAAUAAGUUUAAGCGAUCUUUAACUUUACCUCUCAGAGCUCCAGCUAUUGUUUCCAUUAAACACGAGGCACACCCAGAAAACUGCUCAGGUUAUUCUUAUGGUUUAAUCAAACUUUUGGUCUUUUAGUUUAGACUUUUGUUAAACAAAGAAAAAAAAAUGAAGCAUUGAGCAUUUUCAAUAACUUAGACGAGUAUAACUUUACGAUGUGUUGUUGAUUUUUGGGGUUGGAUGUUGACUAAAGUUUGUGUUCCUGCAAAUGGGAAAAGAGUUAUUCAAGAGCACGUCUUCUCGUUACUUCAAAGCUGCAACAGCGAAACGGACAUCGCUCAAAUUCAUAGCCAAGUAGUUCUCAAUGGCCUCUCUCACAAGAAUAGCAUCAUCACCAAGCUUCUUUCAUUCUACACAGCCUCUGGUAAACUUCAACAUGCCCACAAGCUUUUCAAUAAAAUUGAUAACCCAAGCACCACCAUUUGGAACCACAUGAUUAGAGGCUAUGCCAGCAGCCAUAUGCCUUGGAAAUCAGUUCAAUAUUACAAUCAGAUGGUGUCAACUAAGUCUGAACCUGACGGGUUCACAUACUCGUUUCUCUUGAGUGCUUGUGUACGGGGUGAGCUGGUAAAAGAAGGGGAACAGGUGCAUGCGACUGUUCUGGCAAAAGGGUAUUGCUCAGACGUGUUUGUGAACACUAAUUUGAUCAACUUUUAUGCGAAUCAAGGUGGUGUUGAGCAAGCACGCCAUGUGUUUGAUGAUAUGACUCAAAGAAGUGUUGUUAGCUGGAAUUCUAUACUUGCUGGGUACGUUAAGUGCUGUGAUUUUGAUGCUGCGAGAAUUUUUUUUGAUAAAAUGCCACAGAAAAAUGUUGUGUCUUGGACGACCAUGAUUGCUGGGUGUGCUCAGAAUGGGCAAUCUAAACAAGCUUUGUUGUUAUUUGAUCAGAUGAGGAGAGCACGUGUGGAAUUGGAUCAGGUGGCGUUGGUGGCAGCUUUAUCAGCAUGUGCUGAAUUAGGGGAUCUGAAGUUAGGAAGGUGGAUCCAUUGGUAUGUUCAAAAGAGGCAAAAGGAACCCUCUGUCCGCUUGAACAAUGCACUCAUGCAUAUGUAUGCUAAUUGUGGAAUCAUUGAUGAAGCUUAUCAAAUGUUUACCAAGAUGUCUCUGAAAACCAGAGUGUCUUGGACUAUUAUCAUCAUGGCUUUUGCAAAACAAGGUCUUGGGAAGGAAGCACUUGAUCUGUUUAAAGAUAUGCUUAGUGAUGGUGUGGAGAAAAGUGGGGUAAAACCUGAUGGAACAACGUUCAUUGGAGUUCUUUGUGCUUGCAGUCAUGCAGGGUUUGUAGAGGAAGGGCGCAGAAUUUUUGAAUCGAUGAUACAUACUUGGCAAAUCAGCCCAAGGAUUGAACACUACGGAUGCAUGGUUGAUCUCUUGAGUCGUGCAGGUUGCUUAGAUGAAGCAUAUGAACUUAUUGAAACUAUGCCUUUUAAGCCUAAUGAUGCAAUUUGGGGUGCCCUUCUUGGUGGUUGUCGAAUACACAAGAAUUCAGACCUAGCAUCACGAAUUGCAAACAAGUUAGUUGCUGAGCUCGACAACAAUGAUCAAGCUGCCGGCUAUCUUGUGCUCUUAUCGAACAUAUAUGCUUUUGCCGAAAGGUGGAAGGAUGUCGUUGCAGUGAGACAAAAAAUGAUUGAGAUGGGUGUGAAAAAACCUCCAGGUCAAAGUUGGAUCCAAAUUUAUGGCGUUGUUCAUAAUUUUGUGGUGGGUGAUAUGACUCAUAGGCAUUCAUCUUUAAUCUACGAAACCCUUUGUGAGAUUACCGAGCAAGCCCGUGUGGAAGGCUAUAAACCAGACAUAACAGAAGUUCUAUUGGAUGUUGAGGGAUAGUAAAUAUAGGAAGAACACAAUUUUUGCUUCGUGUAUUUUAGUUCUACAAUUAUUUUUGCAUGCACUUAUCAGAAGGCAAAUGCUCAUUUUAUGGUUUUUCAAGCAUCUGGUGGUGAUUGCUUGUUGCCAUUGCCCAGCACUAAGGCAAAUUUCAUAUACUAACCUUAAAUAAAAUAUAGAAUGUUGGGGUAGCUUCUCCCCUUUAGUUUAAUUCUUAGUAAAGCAUGUGCAAUUGCAUAUUCUUUUUGUGCCUCUCCCCUUUUAGUAGCUGGCCAGAAAGCACUGCAUGGUGAUGCCAAAGAUUCUCACCCAUUUAGAAAUGCAAAAAUUAGCAUCCUUCCUUUCUGCACUACUGUAUAUGUGAAAUAUCAAGAUUUUUCUACAUAUAUGCAUACUAAAGUUGUUCACAUUUACUUAGGAUAACAAUUUAUUUAUGACUUGCACCCGAAACAUAUUUUAAGAUUCCAUUUGUUAAUGCAUUGCAGUUCAUUUAUAUUUACUUGGUUUUUUAAAGGGUUUAAGACUUAGCAUAUUAUUUGACUGAUAUCAGAGAUGAGAGAUGGCAUUUUACAUUAUAAUUCUUGUUGUUGUAUAUUUCUUCAGGCCUGUAUUGCCACUACUGCUGCUGUUGUUGAGGAGCUCCCAUAUACUCAUGUUUUAUAAUAACAGCCUGAUGUACCCGGAAUUAGUUGUCAAUAAACAGAUUUCAUGUUGUUGUAUAUACAGUAGCGCCCAGCUAGUCAUUACAUGUUGUAUGGGACAACUUGCCUGAUAGAUAACAUGACACAUUUUAUUUA